UUCUGCAUUUUUGAAAAUAAGUGGAAUAACAUGAAUAGUGAUAACAUUUAUCAUAUGGAUACGUAGCAACUAGUAGUUACUGAGAACGAUGUUUCACCGUUUCGGAUUUCCGGUGACUCGGUGUAUAGUCUUUAAACUUAAUUAAAAUUUCUUGGUAAUUAAUAGUUAGUACUAGUGUGGUCACUAACCAUCGACUGGUUCACACGUUGAAUGGUGAAAUCUAUGAAAUUAAAUCUACCAUAAAUCUCAAGUCAAUGAAUCUCGUGCAAUUUUAAUUUUUUCAUUCAUAACCGUUAUUAAUAAUACUAUUAUUAUUGUGUUUCUGUAAAUUUUAUCCUGGUCUUCAGUUUAUAAUAUUACCAUUAAAAUGUAUUCUUUUCUAUUAAAGUAUUGUGUUAUUACUUGUUUAACGAUGACUACCUGGGCAAAACCCAUUCGUGAAGUUGGUUUACACGAUGACUUUCUAGAUGAACGAUAUUACAAUACUACUGAAAUAGAACAUCUACUAUAUGCAAUUGAAAAACAACAUCCAACAUUAGCUCGAGUUCAUGAAAUUGGUCAAUCAUCCAUGGGUCGCAACAUUUUAGCCAUAGAAAUAACAACGAAUGUUGGACAUAGCAGAAGAAUUUUAAAGCCAAUGUUCAAGUAUAUCGCAAACAUGCAUGGAGAUGAAACUGUUGGCCUACAACUGUUAUUAUAUUUAGCUCAAUAUUUAACUUUGAAUUAUGGUAGAGAUGAUCGUAUUUCUAGAAUUGUGGAUUCAACCGAUAUUUAUCUUAUGCCUACACUCAAUCCGGAUGGUUAUUUUGCUUCAAAUGAAGGUGAUUGUUUAUCUGAAAAAAACUAUGUUGGUCGAAACAAUGCAAAAGGUAUAGAUUUGAAUAGAAACUUUCCACAAAUAGACAAGAAAUCAUUUGACAUGCAACAACCAGAAACAAGAGCUGUUAUUGACUGGAUUCUUAAUAACCCAUUUGUUUUAUCAGCUAAUUUCCAUGGUGGUGCUGUUGUAGCUAGUUAUCCAUUUGACAAGUAUUACAAAAGUUAUUCUCAAGAAGGAAAAACCCCCGAUGAUGCUUUAUUUAGACAUUUGUCAAUGAAAUAUGCUUCAAAAAAUCCCAAAAUGGCCAAUGGAUCAGCUUGUCAAGAGGAACAUUUUAUAAAUGGUAUUACUAAUGGUGCUGAAUGGUACGAACUUGAAGGUGGAAUGCAGGAUUUUAACUAUAUUUAUUCAAACUGUUUUGAAAUCACUAUUGAACUUACUUGUUGUAAAUUUCCACCUUCAUCUGUGUUAACAAAAGAAUGGGAAUAUAAUCGUGAAUCUUUGUUAACUUAUAUAGAAAGUGUUCAUAUGGGUAUUAAAGGACUAGUUCAAGAUGAAAAUAACAAUCCAAUCCCAGGUGCUGUUAUACACAUUUUAGGCAUAAAUCACACUGUUAAAACAACAAGUAGAGGAGAAUAUUGGAGACUUUUACUUCCUGGCACUUACAGCAUUUCAGUUAGUGCUCCUGGUUAUAAUACAUCAGUGCGUGAAAAUGUGAUAGUGAAAAACAAUACUCUACGUCCUGUAAUUGUCAACUUCAUACUCAAUACAUUAAAACCAUCGUCAGCUACUGAUUUGAGUGCAGUAGAAGUGAAGAACGGAUCGAGGGACGAUAACGGUUUCCCGAUUCCCGUAAAAUUUAUACAUCACAACUAUUCUAGUCUCGUGUCUACUCUAAAUUUAAUCAACGUCAACUAUCCAAACAUAACCAGACUAUACAAUGUGGGUAAAAGUGUCCAAGGAAGGGAUCUGUAUGUGCUCGAAGUGUCCACUAGUCCUGGACAACACGAACCCGGUAAACCGGAGUUCAAGUAUGUUGCCAAUAUGCAUGGAAACGAAGUAGUUGGCCGAGAAAUGUUGCUAUUGCUGGCUCAUUAUCUGUGCCAGAACUAUGGCGCUGACGAACGCGUCACCAAGUUGGUGAACAGUACUCGAAUACAUAUGAUGCCGACGAUGAAUCCAGAUGGAUAUGAAAUAUCUAAUGAAGGAGUUGAAGAUGUUAAUGAUCUGGUCGGUCGAGAUAAUGCUAACGGAGUAGACUUAAAUCGCAAUUUUCCAGAUAGUCGACAUCCAUUCCAUAUACAGAAACAAGAACCAGAAACACAAGCAGUCAUUAAUUGGAUUACUAGCAUUCCGUUUGUUUUAAGUGCUAAUCUUCAUGGUGGAGCUCUUGUGGCCAAUUACCCAUUUGACAGUAGCAUGGUUAGCAGUUACUCCAGUCCACAAGCAUCAUAUACUCCUGACAAUGAUGUCUUUGUAUUGCUGGCUAAAACUUAUUCUAUGAAACAUCCAAAAAUGCAUUUGAAUAAUAAGUGUGCAAAUGAUACAGUUUCAUUCAGUGAUGGAAUUGUUAAUGGUGCUUCAUGGUAUAGUGUUGUUGGUGGCAUGCAAGACUUCAAUUACUUAAACACAAAUUGCUUUGAACUUACAUUUGAAUUGGGUUGUACUAAAUUCCCAUUUGAAAAAGACUUGAGAAGUUAUUGGUUAGACAAUCGCGAGUCUUUACUUUCAUUUAUGGAACAGGUGAACAGGGGAGUAAAAGGAUUUGUCUUAGAUAUUAACGGAGAUGGUGUGCAAAACGCAGAAAUUACAGUAAUGGGAAUUGAACAUUGUGUUAAAACUGCAGUAGAUGGUGAUUAUUGGAGAAUAUUAGUACCAGGCACUUACAAAAUUACAGUGACAGCUUAUGGGUACAAAAGACAAACUCAUUCUGUUGAAGUAUAUGAUUCCACUACGCCUACUUGGUUAAAUAUUACAUUGAUUAAAGAAGAUCUUAAUGAAUGGUCUCAAAUCAAUGAUUUUAAUUUAAAAGAUAAUAUAGUAAAAAUGGAGAAUUACAAAAGUAAAGAAUUAUUUUUAAGUAAUCUUGAAGAUUUAGAAAAAAGUUUGUCAAGCGUUGCUGAAUUAGUAAUAAACUCUCAUAACCCAGAUACUUCAAUUAUUCAACUUAAAGUUACUGAAAAUGUUGGAUCACCUGAUGAAUACAAAUUCAAAAUAGCUAUAUUGGGUGGAUUAUAUAUUAAUGAACCAGCCACUCGAGAAAUAUUGUUAUUUUUGGCCAGACAUUAUGUAGAAGGUUACAGAAAGAAGAAUCCUAAUAUAAUGUUGUUCUUAUCAAAUGUUGUAUUAUAUUUUAUACCAUACUUUGAACAAAAAAAUAGCUAUGAAAAGCAAUGCAUGACUGAUGAUUCAGCAGAAAUGACUGGACCAUUGUUGUUAGCUAAUCAUCAACAAAAUGAGCAAAAAACUAUUAAUAACUUGUGGAAAAUGUUACAACAAGAACAGUUUGAUAUGAUGUUCAGUUUGGAAAGUGGAUAUAUGUCAAUAAAUGGUCCAACAACCCAACCAAGAAACACAAUAUCCAGGCUUUUUAUGGAUUUUCAAAGAGUAUAUGAUAAUAGUAACAUAAAAAAUACUUGUGGUGAACCAUUAGAUAGUAAAAUCAACGACAUCAAACAAAAGGUUUUAGAUACAUUUAACAAUGUGUUAAAAAUUAAAACUAUUGCAGUACGUUUAACUUGCUGUAACUAUGUUGAUCCAUCGGAAGCAGCAUUUGUUUGGAUGGAAAAUUACCGUAUGUUAAAAGGUGUCAUAGAAAAUAUUCAAGGAGUUCGAGGAUCAGUUACUGACAGAAUAGGCAACCCUAUUAGAAAUGCUAUUGUAACAUUAAACAUGUUUGCAGAUAUUUAUAAAGUCACUUCUAAUUCUGCAGUUUUUAAAGCUUACUUACCUGCAGGGAUAUAUACAAUAAAUGUUAAAGCAACUGGAUAUUUGACAAGAAAAUUUUCAGUCCAUGUGACUAGUGGAAAUAUUACUAUAAUCAAAGUUGUUAUGUUACCUGUUGGGCAAGGUUCUGCAACUCAAGAAUUUAAUACAUUAAUUAAAGGAUAUGUAUUUGAGAAUGAAAAUAAACCAAUUAAAGGAGCAGUCAUAACUGAUGAGUCAUCUUCUUCAUUUUCUACUAGCGAUAAUAGUGGAUUUUAUAAAUUACUAACUCAAAACGGUGUUAAAACUAUACGAGUAGAAGCUAAUGGAUAUGAAACUUCAGUAAAAUCUAUUAAUAUUAAAGGUGACAAUCCCCCAUCUGUAAUUUUUACAUUGCAGAAAGACGAGAGAAUUUUUAAUAUGCCUAGGAUGUUAUUUAUUGUUCUUGUUGUUUUUGUGAUUUCUGUUUCUGGCGUGGGUUGGUAUCAUUGUUACCUUCGAUGGAAAUCUGAAAGACCUUCAUCUUUUGCCUACAGGAAUGGUUUCGCUUUGCUUCCUCAAAAGCCUUAUCUUUUUGAUGAUGAUGACGAAGUGGAACUUUUUCGUAAUCCAGGUAUUAAAGAUUCUAUUAAUAGACCAUACCACGAUAAUUCAGAUGUGAGUUACACUGAUAGUUCAGAUGAGUCAGUGUCAAAUUUUGUUCGGUAAUAAUUAUUAUAAAUAUGAAUUUAAGAUCAUGCCUAGUACAUACUAUACUUAAAUGAGAGCCAAUUAAAA